AUGCUUGAUUAAUAUAACGAAGCAAUUAUAUGGGCAGAUAAACUCUUGGAAAUCGAUCCAUAAUAUAAAUCUGUAUUGCUAUGCAAGGGUAGAACUACUAUUAUAUGUUUUAGCAAAUAGUUUAAGAAGGCUUGGCUAAUAUAAAGAAGCAAUUGUAUGGGCAGAAAAAGUUUUAAACAUUGAUCCUAAACAUAAAUUAUCAUUGUAUUGCAAAGGUAGAAUAACGAAUAUAUAAAUUAGGGGAGUGCUUACAAGAACAGAACCAAUAUUCAGAAGCGUUGAUAUUUUACGAAAAAUUUUUGAAGAUUUAACCAAAUUUACAGUAUUUUAAAGACAGCAAAAGUAAUUUUAAAUUUAAGAUAAAGAUGAAUGUUUAGAAGCUUUGA